GAAUCAGGGUGGUAACACUUGUUUUUCAGAGCUUGUACUUCUCUCCUGAAGUUUGAGCUACUAAACCCUCUAACAGCUGCCAUGGUUCACUGGACAGCCGAAGAGAGAGCCGGCAUCGCCUCUGUGUUUAGCAAAGUUGAUCUGGAACAUGAUGGUGGAGAGACUUUGGUAAGGCUGCUUGUGGUCCAUCCCUUGACCCAGAAGUUUUUCGAAUCUUUUGGAGACCUGUCCGACCCAUCCUCAAAUGCCAAGGUACAGGCCCACGGCAAGGAGGUACUGGGAGCUCUUAACAACGCAUCCCACCACUUGGAUGACAUUAAGGGCACCUUAAACCAACUCAGUGAUGACCAUACCAACAAAUUGUAUGAGGAUCCAGAGAACUUCAAGCGUUUCACUGAAAUGUUCGUGAUUGUCAUGGCUACUAAAGAAGGACCUGCUUUCACUCCUGUAGUCCAUGUUGCAGUCGAGAAAUUCUUAGAGGUCUGUGCGGAUGCCGUCAGCCAUCGCUACCCCUAA